CACUUAAGUUGGUGUUGACAGCGCCACUCUGUUUUAGACAGACGGAAAGAAAGUGAUUGUCAUUCAAUGCGCCAUAUUGAAUGUUCUUUUCUUUCAAAGUGGCAUUCUGUACCACGUUUAGUUUGGUUAGAACAAUAGCGAAAAAACACGAAAGAUGCAGAUUUUCGUAAAAACCUUAACCGGUAAGACCAUCACACUUGAGGUCGAGCCAUCAGACACAAUCGAAAAUGUAAAGGCCAAGAUUCAAGACAAAGAAGGAAUCCCACCAGAUCAACAACGUUUGAUCUUCGCUGGCAAACAAUUGGAAGAUGGUCGCACAUUGUCUGACUACAAUAUCCAAAAGGAAUCAACAUUGCAUUUGGUGUUGCGUCUUCGUGGUGGUAUCAUUGAGCCAUCUCUUCGUAUUUUGGCCCAAAAAUACAAUUGCGACAAAAUGAUUUGCCGUAAAUGCUACGCUCGUUUGCAUCCAAGAGCUACAAAUUGCCGUAAGAAGAAGUGCGGACACACCAACAACUUGCGCCCAAAGAAGAAGUUGAAGUAGAUCUUUCAACCAAUCGUAUUUUUUCAUUUUCGUUUUCAAUGUUUUGCGUGUGCAAGUUUUAUAUUAACGUGCAUACUAACCAAUAAUCAAAUUUGUGAAAUUUAACAACCAUUUCCAUUGUAUUCGAAAACCAUGAAAAAUUACAGUUUCAAUAAAAAAACAACAACAAAAUACCAUGUUAUAACUAAA